UGUCUUGUGCAAUAUUCUCUCGCAGGAUGUGGCACAACUGCCUCAGGCCUAAACGGAACAAUAACCAGCCUUACUCCACCACAGAGGCAACUUCAUAUUUCUGAAUUCAAAUGCAGGUGGAAUAUUGAGCUACAAGAAACAGCCGAACCUCGACAUGUGGAACUGACAUUUGUGAGGUUCAAUAUGACUGGAGUUAUGCCAACAUGCUUAGAUGGAGAUUAUAUAGAGUUAUUCCUCGGUUGUAACAACUCCAAGUCUAUUGGCAAGUUUUGCGGUCAGACUCUACUACCUGUAGUGUAUUCUUCAGAUCACUGCCUUCAAAUCGUCUUUCACUUUUUUAUGGCCAUCAUACCUAGACGACGCUCCAUGUUUCAAGCUAUCUAUAAGCAACGAUUACUCUCAACAGGUAACAGGAUUUGAACUUGUUUAACAGCAUCAGGACUAGUCACUAAGAAACUGCCCUCCUACCACAACACACACUACUCCGGCACACCUUGUCCUUAAAUACCCUGCACGUUUAUAUUGGAGGAACGUUGUCCCGGGAAAGAGGGUCACACUCCAAGCCCGGUGAACUUUAGCAAGCCAAGAGCUGUCAACAGCACACGCACAUACCCUGAUUGUUUGUUUGUUUAUUAUUUUAUUAAUUUUUUUUUCUAUUGAGGAUAGCUGGUCUAGGCGAGUUCCCCUUCUACCCGGGCUAAGUUAUGUCCAUAUACGCCACUUGCACAUCUCCCAUAAUGCACCUUUUUUUCUUCUCUCCCCCCCGCCCCCCUCCAAACCCCCCCCCCCCCCCCGCCCCCAAAACAAAUUUGCAUAACCUUUGUUUUUUAUUUCUCCUGGGCAUUACAGAUGUCCCAGGGGAAAUUGAAAACAAUGCCUAUGCAAAAUAAGGUAUAUUAUGGGAGACGUGCGAUUGGUGUAUAAACGGGUCCCUUGGUGAGAUGACGUUAGAAAAGGAAGAUUGACUCAACAGGUGAGAUUUUCAUACUUCUGCACAGGGUACAGUUUACAACUCAAUUUUUUCUUUUAUAAAGCUUUUUUCACUUUUGUCUCUUUAGUCUAUGUCACGAUUGAUCCAAUUCGCAAAUGACUUAACAUUAAACACGUAGCGAACGUAACGUAAUUUAUAGCAAAUUAAAUGAUUACUUUCUUAAUUCUUCCUUUCAGCUGUAUCUCAAGAUAAUUGUAAGUACACCAUUACGAAGCCAUCAAAAUUUUUCUUAUCAAUACUCGCCCUUAGGGACUUCCGGUUAACGUACGAAAAUAUUUAUACCUUUCAGUCGGAUGCGGCAAAGAUAACCACGCUUACGCAAAGAAUGGAAAUAUUUUCUCCCCUCAUUGGCCCCUACCCUACCCCCGGUACGUGGACUGUGUAUGGCGCGUUACCACCAGGCCUGGUUUCCAUGUGAAACUGGUGUUCUUUGACUUUGAUGUUAGAUCGAGUGACAAAUGUGCAGAAGCUGAUUUUAUAGAAGUGAAAACAAGAGGUAGGGUAUUCAAUGAGAGCACAAAUUCUAAUAAUAGUAAAAAAAAGAAUGGAUAGUGCAGGCCAUUUUCUUUUUGCCGAGUACAGCACCUACUGGGUGGUCGGCAUCUUUGAUUUACUAAGUGCGAAAAAAAACAGAGAUCACGGAAUAGGCCAUAACUGUCCCCUGUUCGUUGAUUCGUAUUACAGUCGACCCCCUCUACAAUGGCCAUCUCUUAGCUAUUUUGAGGCUGUGAGCGUGAGAAUGGGUAGGUGUUGUUGAUGAGGCUGUGCAAGAAGCUGGGUCAAAAUUUUUUCACUAAACAUGCAAUUCGACACAGACGACCCAGUCUCAAGCGAAAACUAGAAAACGAGAAGGAAACUGGGCCGAGUUAGCUUUUGCAAAGACUUCCGGGAUCGUUACUGAGGAUGCGCUGUUGGGCUGUUUUCCCUGCCCCCAGUACCCAGAAGUCUUUGCCAAUGUUAACUAAACCCAGUUUUUCUCUCCUUUCUAAAGUGGUCAGUGGGACGGAGGUAAAAAUGGUCUUACAGACCUGGGACAAGUUUCUCGAAAGGCCCAGAAAGCAGUUUUAUGUUUGCCGUGUUUGCAUUCAAGAUUUACGUUUCAGUAAUUCUGAAAAUGAUACAAUGAAAGUAUCACUUAACGAAGCAAAAUUAACCGGUUUGUGGGCUAGGAACUGUGCUGAUAUCAAACAGGUUUUGAUUUUAAAAUUUGACUUCGGGCCCAACAAGUUUCCGGCGCUGUUAACAGUGAUAUGGGCAUCCCCAUUCCCAAAACUCUUGUGAUAUCAGCAUCCCCUUCUCGUAUUACGUUAGUGGUUUAAGUUAGCCCUAACCCUAAUCCUUACUCUAACCCUAACCGUGACCGCCAACCCUAACCCUAAAAACUAACCUUAACCCUAACCUAUCUAUAACUGUAAUGCUAUUUUGGGUAGGGACGGGAAAAGACCAAGGGGGACAGACGGGGGGGGAGUAAACAGAUCGAAAUUCACGAAAUUCUGUCUAAAGCCACUUCUAAAAAAUCCCUAGCCACGAAACAACCAAGAAAAGAUACGGCGUUAAGGAACAACCCAGUAGACAAACUAAGACAAAGGAAAAUGAGAUAAAUUACAAAUUUUUUUGCUAACCCAGGCAGGAGUGUGAUCCAUGUAGAUAUGAAUAGUUCACAAUAGUAACUUUUUUUUUCUCACUUUUUUCUUCAUAUCAAUUUCCAAAGGCUUUAGCUCCAACCAAAGAAAGCCCGUAACGCAAUCUAAACAAUGUGGAACCAAACCACCCCUUAUCCUGAUAAUUGAAGAUGAUACGAUAUUUAUUCAAUUCAAAAGCCACGCGAUGACAGGAAAUAGAGGAUUCAUGGCUGGAUUUGUUACUUACAGCAUAGGUAAGAAUGGUGCCAUUAAAGUUCAACAGUAACAUGACAGUAAUACAUUGAUUUAGCCAAGGCCAAAAGCGAUGCUCUAGUGGUUUUUUUUAAAGUUACUUCUUUCUUAAAUACAGUUUUCUAGAGCCUGCGAUCACUUUUAAAUACCAUAACAGGUCAGGGGAAAAAUUUAAAAACACACUUCACCUCAAUGAGUUGUACACCUGAGCCAGUCAUGACACUGGUCAGCAAAUACCCUGUUUGGACAGAUGUCAGUUGAUCAUAACAUGGACGUCUAAUAUCAUGUUAAACACAAUUUGUUUUUGCCUUGGACUUACAAAGCUAGUAAGUGUGACAUUUCACUUCCCAUAACAUGAAUUAGCGGACGUACGGGCCGACGGGCUUACGAUCUUGGAGGCAUAGAAAACCUAAUUUCUUACCCAUUGAUCUCCGCUGAGAACUGCAUUCAAGGAUCUGCAUUUUUCCAGGUUUAAUUGCUUCAGUUGGUAAACUAUUGGUGUAAUUUUAAAAGUAACGCUAUUUCAGCACGUUCUUAAACAGUUUCUUAUUAUAUUUUUACGGUGGUAGAAUAUUGGUAACAUAAAGUUUGUGUCUGUCCUAGAGACGUGUGCAAUCGAAACAAACACUAGCCGGCGUCGUUGUCGGGAUUAGCGGGCGAUGGGACCAAGAAAGUUCCCCGCACAUAACAAUCCUGCCAGCUACACAAGUUAAAGCAAACACAAACUCUAUUUCAAGCUUAAGUUCUCUCUAAUUUCUUUCACAGGGAAAAAAAGCAAUAAAAUCAACGUUCUCAUCCUGCUUGGGGUGAUAUUCUUGGCUCUUCUAGCACCUCUUGGAAAGGCUUUUCUCCAAAAGCUCGUAGACAGAAACACGUUUGCGAGAAAGAAUAUAUUUUACCGCUUUAGACGGCGCUCUAAAACACCAAGUACCUCACCUAUGAUCUCAAACCCAUGGAGAGAACCACAUGAGGUCUCGCCCGACCGGAUAUCAGUAGCUACUCAAGACGAAAAGCCCUUCGACGUGCCUUGGGCAAGAGAAGAACGUUCACCAAGUAAAACCUUUACAAAGACUGUAACGUUUGGAGCAGCUGCGCCGCAGAUAGGCCUUGUUCAGUGA